ACCCCUGAGGGUUUUAUUGGGGAGUUUCCUCCCCCCCCCGCCCCCUCCGGGAAUCAAAAAUGGUUGGAAUUACACAAUGACGGGAUAGAGAUAGAGGGAUUGGGGGGCAGCGGGAUCGGGGUUCUGGGGUGGCCCCUGUGCCCCCCAGAUUCUCCCUCAUGAGGGCCUGGGGAUGCAUUUCUGCCCCCUCCCCCGCCUCGCCAUCCCUAUAAUUAAAAAUGGUUGGAAUUGCACAGCGAGGCUGGAGGGUUCAACAGUGGCAUGGAGGGAUUUUGGGAUCAGGCUCUCACGUCUGGAGGCACCACAGGCAGCUCCUCGCCCCGGCGCCGCCAUGGACUGGUUCCACUGCAGUCGCUGCUUCCGCCAGGAUGGCGCCCGGUUCGCCAUCACCAACUGCGGCCACAUCCUGUGCGAGGGCUGUGGGGGCACAGGUCCCUGCCCAGUCUGUGGCACCACCUGCCGCUACCUGCCCCUGUCCGAUCAGGCCAGUGUCCCCCAUGUUGUGCCCCACAUCCCUUUCCCACCCUUUUCCCUUCCUGUUUCCAACCUUCUUCCCAUCUUUUUGAUGCCCCCAUGCCCAACAGAUGCGCCCACAGGAGAAGAUUUUUUUCAAGAACCCGGUGGCCCUUGCCCUCAAGCACCUUGCCCACAUCACGCAGGUGAGGAGGACACAGGUGAUGGGGGAUGAGGCUCCACCAUUGUCCCCAGCCCCACAGGCUGGGGGAUACGAGGAGGUGACCCACGUCCCCCAGGUGUGGCGGUUCCAGACAGCACAGACGCAGCUUCUGCUGGACUUGCACCGGGACAGAACUCGGCGGGUGCAGGCAGAGCUGGAGGAGGCCAGAGAGGAGCUGGGGGAAAGGAGAAGGGAGCUGGAGUCACUUCGCCGGGAGAAUGAGGAGCUGCGCCGCAUGCAGCUCUCCCCAGGCUGGCGCUGGAGCAGCCGCAGCAGCACCCCCCGUCUCUCCCCCACACAUUCAGUCACGCCUCAGCCCCGCCGGCAGCUCAGCAGUCAAGUGGUCAGCCGCUUGGCCCCACUGGAGCCCCCCCAGUCCCGCAGCACUCCAGGAUGGCAGGUGAGACCUCACCCCAAAUGGGGCCACCCCAAAAUAGGGGGGUUCCCAAAGUGGUUUGCUCUCCCCCCACAGGCUGGUGUAGCCUACAGAAAUUCAGGGACCUCUCUGGCCUCCAGUGUGGGGCUCUGCUCUGCGGCUGGCGAGGGGCGGGUGCUCCCAGUGGGAUCUCAACCCACGGCCAUAAAGGACAGAGACCUCUGGCGGGCUCCGAGGCUCCUGGACAGGAGCUCCGGGCCUUCUCUGGAGGUGGCUGGGGCAGAAGAAGUUAAAAAGGAAUAAAAAAAUGC